CCAAUUUCAAAUCCGUUACACGACCGCGCAGUUCUGUAAAUCGAGCUAGAGUCACGAGCAGAACAAAUAUUUUACUUGUUUAGCCAAUUUUACGUUAAAACUUCACCUUUUUUAAACUCACAUUUAAAGGGCAGAACGUUCAACGACCGAUAGCGGAGGGGAGAACGGAACAAAAGCUUUAAUUUGAAGAAGUAGACUUGUGAAACGUUGGGUUGGUCUUUUCUUCCGGGGAGAAGAACUUUGAUCCUCGUGUUUGACCUUCUAUCAAAAACCUCGCCGUAAAAUGCCUACUCCUGCCUUUCCAGUCGAGUUGAGCAAGUACUAUGAUGUCAGAGAAACCAUUGGAAGUGGCGGCUUUGCUAAAGUUAAGCUUGCUGUGCAUCGAACCUCAGGCGAAAAGGUUGCAAUCAAAAUGAUGAACAAAGAAGCACUUGGGCAUGAUCUUCCACGGGUUCAAAGGGAAUUAGAGGCGAUGAAAGAUCUAUGUCAUCAGCACAUCUGUCAGCUGUAUCAUGUCAUAGAGACGGAUGAGAACAUCUAUAUGGUGCUAGAGUAUGCACAAGGCGGAGAGCUGUUUGAUUACAUUGUUGCCAAGGAUAGAUUAAAGGAGGAUGAAGCCCGAGGUUUUUUCCGACAAAUCAUCUCAGCUGUGGCAUACAUUCAUGAGAAAGGAUAUGCUCACAGAGAUCUUAAACCUGAAAAUCUUCUUCUUGAUGAAGAGCAGAAUAUCAAGCUAAUUGACUUCGGCCUAGUUGCCAAACCUGAAGGCGGGAUGACAGAACAACUGGAGACAUGCUGUGGCUCACCGGCAUAUGCUGCUCCAGAGUUAAUAUCUGGCCUUCCUUAUUUUGGAAAUGAGGUUGACUUGUGGAGCAUGGGUGUACUGCUCUAUGCCCUCGUCUGUGGAUUCCUCCCAUUUGAUGAUGACAACACCUACAAACUGUACAGACUUAUUCAGAAAGGAGAGUAUGAAAUCCCUUCCUGGCUGUCUCAAGGCACCGUUGCCAUUCUUGGACAACUUUUGCAGGUCAGUCCUAGAAAACGUGCCAAAAUCCAAGAUCUAGUGAACCAUGAUUGGGUGAUGAAGGGUUAUGCUGCACCUGUAAAAUGGCAGACAAAGAUUAAGAGAGACAAGCCAGAGAUGGAUGUCAUCAAGGAGCUUGCUGCCUACUAUGAGGUCUCCACUGAGAGAAUGGCUAAGCGAAUACUGGAGUGGAAGUAUGAUCAUGCCACUGCUACAUAUUUUCUGCUGAGGAAAAAGAAAAGUCAGGGAGAGAGGCCACAGCUGCUGCCCAAGUACUCAAGAACAUGCAAUGAUUCCAAGGAGAACAAGCAACCCAAUAAUCAAAAGAACGAGAACGAAAAAGAGGAUUUCGCCCUUCCGCCGCCUAAACCUCUUCCGUACAAACCCAAGAGGGCCAUCCUUAAUAAUGUUGGUCCCAUGGAUGACUUGGAGCGAAAACCACGGGCUGACACCAUGCCUGAUAACAUCCCUAGCACACCAACCACCAAGGAGAUAAUGCCCCCACCGAUGGCACCUUACACCCCAAGACGAGGAGUGGGUGAUAUCCCCAUGUCCAAAUCAGAUUACCAUUUUGGCGCUACUGACCUCACUCCAAUCUCUCAGUCAAAGAUCAUUUCGCUGUCCCUUGACAUGGAUCUCGACAAGAAAGGCAAGGGAAGAAAAACACCUUUCAAGUCACCCUUCACACCCCGAAGAAGGGUCGGAUCAGAAAGGGGCACACCCUCUACCGCCGGCAAGAAGGGGGCUAUCAUGAGCAGUAUCGAGGAAGGACUCAAUAAAGUGAUCGACGCCAUUACACCGAAACGGAGUGCGCUUUCCGGCGCAGGGCCAAGAAAGGUCAAGGCCUUGUAUAAUGUCUCCACCACGUCAACACUGAGCGCAGAUGAGGUGAUGGAGGAACUCCAGAGAGUUCUCAAUGAUAACGACGUCCUUUUCAAGAAAAAGAACUACGUAUUACGAUGCAAAACAAUCGAUAAUCGAGGCAAAGUCAUUUUGGAAUUCGAGAUGGAAGUCUGUCACAUCCCCAAGAUGGAAUUGAUAGGCAUCCGAAGAAAGCGCAUGAAGGGAGAUACGUGGGCAUACAAGAAAGUUUGCGAGGGACUCUUAGGAUCCGCCAAACUAUAAAUGUAUCACAGAACAAGAAAGUCUGCGAGGGACAUUAAGGAUCCGCCAAACUAUAGAUGAGUCACGGAAGUGUGGCGCUAUCACUUGCCCCAUAGAAACGGUCCCAUAUAUGGCUAGAUUGACCAAAUAAGCCACAGAAUGUCCAAAUAUGGCCUUUCUAUCAUUUGGCUAGAAACCGUUUCAUAUAAGGCUUAAAUGCCACCAAGAAAUUAUAUUCGCAAUUCGUCACUAGAUAGCCCCAUAGUUGUACACAUGGCAUUUACAUGCAUUUACAGAUACCACGCAUUGGUGGCAGGGGCGUUAUGCCAUGGUGCCUUGCACACAGCACCAAUAGUAUCGCUAUAGUCGUACUUUCUCUAAUGCACGUGAACCGUUGAAUGUAGUAGAACAAAGGCAAAUAUUUGUUAUUUAUUUGUUUUAUUUAUUAUUUAAAUAAAAUGAAUAAAAAAUAUUUGUCUUUGUUCAUGUUAAAAAUACAUAGAAAGUCACGAAUGAAAUGGUUAAAACGUUGCACACCUUUUCUAAUAGGAGCGCCCCCGUAGUCUUCAAAUAUUUUUAUCGACAGAAUUUCGCAAUGUAAUACGUUAUUAGCAUUGUUAUGAUAAUAAUUUCAACAUGAAUAGAAGCAGAAACCUAUUAAAGGGAUUAUAUAUUACUAGGUUUUCU